CAGGUUUUGACGGAGUUGAGAUCCAUGGGGCUCAUGGUUACCUAAUAGACCAGUUUAUGAAAGAUGAGGUCAAUGACCGCACAGACAAAUAUGGAGUCUCUCUGGAAAAUCGUUGCCGAUUCACUCUAGAAAUAGUUGAAGCUGUCGCUAAUGAGAUUGAAGCAGAUAGAGUGGGAAUAAGGCUUUCUCCCUUUGCAAAUUACAUGGAAUCAGGAGACUCAAACCCAGAGGCUUUAGGCCUCUAUAUGGCUGAAUCAUUGAGCAAAUAUGGUAUUCUCUUCUGUCACAUGGUUGAGCCUAGGAUGAAAACUUUAGAAGGAAAAGUUGAAUGCCCCCAUAGUCUUCUGCCCAUGAGAAAGGCUUUCAAUGGUACUUUCAUUGUUGCCGGGGGUUAUGACAGGGAAGAUGGUAACGGAGCUGUGGCUGAGAACCGCACAGAUCCAGAUUUGCCAAAGAGAUUCAAGCUUGUUGCGCCUCUCAACAAGUACAACAGAGACAAAUUCUAUAUACCAGAUCCUAUUAUUGGCUACACUGAUUAUCCAUUUCUUGAAACAACUGCUUAAAUUAUCUAUGGAGGUGAAUAUGAACACAAAAAAUAUGUUUAUGUUAUCUUGUCGUGUCUCAAAUCGACUCUU